AUGUCAGAUGAAACAGCUGCCCAACCUCCCCCAAACUCAGUGCCCAUGGAGGGUGAGGUGCCUAACAGUGAGAUAGAAUUACCUGUUCAUAGUCAAGAGCAAACCGAAGCUCAAGAAAGUGUACAAACGAAUGAUCAGUUACUUAUACCCUCUACUUCAGACCCAUCAACUCAAUCGGUUGAACUACCUCCUGUCCCUGUUAAUGAGCCCAAUCAUGAACCUUUUACUCAAUCGUCUUCCUAUGUAGAGAUAAAGCCCCCAGAGAUAACCCAUACUAAUACCAAUGUUGAACCUAGCAUUAAUAAUGAUAUAACUAGUGUUUCAUCAACCGUAAGCCAAGACACUACUCAAAUUGAGGUUACUGGAAAAGAGCCUUCAACCUUAGGUCAAGAGACAGUUCAAAAUGAAGUUACUGGGAAAGAGCCACGCAAAUGGCGCCAUCGUCGUUCACCUAAUGAUAAGAAUGACAAUAAAGCACCAUUUAAUUUACGCAGACUUUCUGAUGCUGAUUUUCAAGCUUUGCCUCCAGGGUCUCGUCUGUUCCUUGGGAAUUUGUCUACUCAUUCUACUUCUAAGAAAGAACUUUAUGACAUAUUCUCGCCAUAUGGGGAGAUUUUGCAAAUAUCUAUCAAAAAUAGUUUUGGUUUCAUUCAAUACGAUAAUCCAGACAGCGUGGUCAAAGCAAUUACUAAAGAAAACGGAAGAGUAUUGCAUGGAUUGAAAUUAGGACUUGAGAUUUCAUAUGGUAAACCAUGGCACCAUCCUCCGCAGGGUGAGGGACCCAAACAAGCACAUGCGCACAGGCCAGACAAACAUUGGGCUCAGAGAGGUUACAAAGAUGAAUGGUACGGAGGCGAGCGCGCCUUCUCCCCUCCACGUGGACACCAAAUGCCUCCGUAUACUGAUAGACGUUAUGAAGAAUAUGAGCACCGACCAAACGAAUAUCGGCGUACUUCGUAUGACGGCAGACCCGGUUAUGAAUACCAAGAACAUAGAGACUACCGCACACCUCCUGAUUACCGCGAAGAAUAUAAACCUGAACAUGAAUAUCGACCUCGCGACGAGCGCGCCGGGUAUCGGCGAGGCGCCUUUCGUGAAGAGCACCGCGAAGAGCGAUAUCGAGCGAAACCUUACAGAGUCCCUUCGCGUGAUUAUGUCGAUCGACGUCAAGGUCGAGAAUAUCCUCCAUAUCGAGGUCAUGCUCACGACGAGCCCGAUGAAGACUUCCCUCUACCAAGGCGUCAGGGUAAUGAGGUGCCCGAGUGUCAGAUUAUCGUGUUGGAAGAAAUUGAACGUAAUUUUAUAUGGCAAGUUGAAACUGCAUUCCGUGAAGCAGCCAUUACUGUUCACAUAUUACAUUUGUCAAGAAAGAAGCUCCCAAUACCGGCAGUAAUUCGUCAAAUGAUCGUUGAGGGUGUGCAUGCUGUCAUCUUCUUGGAACGUCAUCACGAAAUUACCGCACGCGUCAAUAUGCAGAUAUUUGACCAAUCGCGUGCUGCACGAGACAGCAAUGUAAAGUAUGACGAAUAUGAAAACAUUAGAAUUGAGGAAGCAGUCGGCCUUCUACUUCGUGCCCGGGCCAUGCAAAGACCCGGUGAUAUUCGACCUCCUGAUAAUCUGUUGCUUGGCCAGCCACCAAUGCAACCGCCCCAAACAAUGCCGCUCGGACCUCAACCGGGAGGAGCCAACCCCAACCCAAAUCUUUUGGGUAAUGUUAAUUUUGCUGCGCUGGCCAAUCUACUCGGGAGCCUUCAACAGCAGCAGCCGGGUGCAACUGGCCAACCAGUGCAACCAGUGCCAAUGAUACCGCCAAAUACCAUACAACCGCCAGGUUCUAUACAACCGACGCAGCCGACAGGAAUGUUGCCACAACAGCAACCACCUAAUAUUGAUGUUCAACAGCUUUUAAGACAGCUUGCUCCCCAGAAUCCGGCUGUAAACGUAAACAAUCAACCAUCAUUUAUUCCAGCUCCACAUCCCAUAGGAUCGAAUCUAGCAUCGAACCUGGGUCCACCACCCACACAUUUUAAUCCUCCAAUGGUGGGACAACCACCAAACGCUGUUCCUCCUAAUACAAUGCAACCCAGUAUGACAUUGUCCCAGCAGACGCAGCAUCCCACGUCAAAUAUUCCACAGUUUACAACUCAAAUCAAUCCACCUGCAAAUGUGACUGAUCUGAUGGCACAAUUGAAUCAGUAUAGCAAUCAGCAUUGA